AUGCGGAACAAGCUUCAUGAUGUACCCAAGCCUCUCCAAGCUCUCUCUCCCAAGGAUUGCCACGAUCUAACCCAAGAUCCCAGGUAUGGCUACGACGCCGGAGUGCUAGGAGGCGUCCUCCUGCACCCGCCUUUCCUCGACGCCAUCGGCAACCCGACGGGCGACUACGUGAUCCCCAUGAUCACCGCCUCAUAUGACCUCGCCGCGUGCGUGACGGCUGUUGGGGUUGCCUUUUUCGCUUUUAACAUUGGGCGUCGAGGGACGGUUAUUUUGGGAAAUAUCGGUGCUAUUGUUGGUUCUAUUAUUCAGGCGACUUCGUAUAGUGUUGCGCAGUUGAUUGUCGGACGGCUUUUUACUGGUUUUGCCAUUGGGUGUAUUUCCAGCGCUGUGCCGACGUAUUUGAACGAGACGGGGAUUGAGAUUGGGGAUCGUGGGCCCGCGAAUGCUUUCAAUGCUGCAUUGUUGAUUUCGGGCGUGCCGUUGGCGUAUUGGAUCGAUUACGGCUUCACGAAGAGCGAUGCUCAGUGGUCCUGGCGGAUCCCUAUCGCCUUCCAGUGCAUCUUCGCCAUCGUUUCCGGCGGGAUGAUGUACUUUCUACCAGACACGCCACGCUGGUACUACGCCCGCAACCGUUUCGAAGAAGGCGACGCCAUCCUCGCCCAACUCAACGACACCGACGUCAACGAUGACAAAGUGCAGAACACUCGGCGAGAAAUCCUGGCCAACAUCGAAGCUGAAUUGGAAGCCAAUGCGAGUCUCCGCUGGACGGACUUCCUGAGUAUGGGCAUUGUCGAUAAGACCCGGAUGAAGAUCGUGCGGAGGAUUUGUAUCUGCUUUUGGUUGCCGAUGAUCCGCAGCGUCAUCCUCUCCACCGUCGCCAAACCCAGCCUCGUCUCCCUCCUCUCCGGCGUCCUCAACAUCUUCUUCGCCCUCGGCUGUAUCCCCCUCAUCUUCACCGUCGAGCGAGUCGGUCGCCGCUCCGUCCUGCUGUACGGCGCAAUGGCUAUGACCGUCCUUAUUACAGUGUUCACCGCUCUGGUGGCCGUCGGAUCAGGACACCCGGAUAUUCAGUGGGCUUCGAUUGCGAUCAUCUUCCUCUUCCUUGCGACAUUCGGUUAUGCGUGGCAGGGGAGCGUGUGGCUUGUGUGUGCCGAGAUCGCACCGUUGGAGUAUCGGCACAUUGGUGCUGGAGCGACGGCUUUUGGUGAAUGGUGA